AUGUUUUAAAGUUAAAUAAAAGCACUAAAUAUUUUUACUAAAAAUAAAAUUUUCAGGCAGUUUUCAUAGUUAGAAAUUGAUAAUUUAUUAGCUUAACAAAUCAAAUAUACAAUCUAUGCUUUUAUUUAUGCAUUAUAUGCUGAUCAUUUUAUUUAGAUUUCAGAAGAAUCCUAAAUCUGUCAUGUUGAUGGUAAAUUCUUCAUCAAGUUUGUCCAAAUUGGCUCUUUAUUGACUACUUUUUUAUAUACGGGCUUCUUAAAGAAUCGCAAAAACUUAAGGGAUAAAGAUUUUAUUUUCUUAUACUUGUUUAACAUAUUAUUUUUUACAGUUGUGCUAAUUUACGUGCUUUAUUCAAGCGCCUUUUAUAAAAAAGAGUGCAGUACUUUACCUCUUUUUAAGGUAUCUUUACUCUUUAUGUGCAUAAAAAAAGAAUUCGAGCUUGCUAUUUUAGUCUUUACAAGAUCUUUAAUGUGGCUUAGACAAGUAAAUAUAUGCUCUAAUAUUUUAACUGUAGUAAUUAUCUAAGUUAGUUUUACAAAUGCUUAAAAUUGUAGUCCUUAGGCAACCUCUCUUUGCGAAUUUUUAAAUAUCAUUAAUACAUCUUGUUUAUUUACAUAUACCUUUAUUAAUCUAUUAGUAUCUGAUAAAAACUAAUAUAUACAAACUACUAUCCUAAAAAUAGCAACUGGAUUGUUAAUACCAGUUUUUAUUUAUGCUUAUAUCAUGAUAGUUCGCUUUUAAUUUAUAGGCCAAGUUAAUUUGAUUCCAGAUUGCAUACCUUAUCAUUUCAUUUUGAAUGUUAACCUCUUUAUAAUUCCUUUAGAUAUUCUAGGAAUGUUUGUGCUUUAGUACAUACUAUGCAAAUAAUAGGAUUAGUAACCUCAUCUGCCAAUCCCAGAGAAUGACUCACUCAUAAAUAAUAAUUAAAUUGAAAGGGAAGGUCUUGAUUAAUUUGAUAAAAUGCAUUAUAAUGAUGAUGAUGACCUAUAAGUUUGA